GGUUGGCGCUCGACGACAUCACGCACACGCAAAUCCAUGAUUGUAGCUAACUUCACUUUAUAAAUGUUCGAUCUUUUUCAACUACGUCGAGGCUUGUGCUUUUUGGGGAUUACACUUUUCGACAUGGCAUUGAGCGUUGCACUACCUCUGGGAGGUUUGGAGACGGAGAAUUUCAAUUCAUUCAACUCAUUCGGGCAUAUCAUAGAAAUAGCGGGCCUAUCUCAGUCUCAGACGAGCCCGAGUCCGUCAGUGUCCAGUGAAUCUAGCGGUAUCGGCUCGCUGGGGUCGCUCAAGUCGGAGUCGGUCAACAGUGACUCCCUGCCGUCUAGUCCUCAGACUACAGAGAAGAAAAUAUUUGAACCUGUGGUGCAGCCACGUCCGAAGGAAAAAAAUGAAGAUGUCAAGAUUAUGUACCAAGGUCGUGACAUCCUUGACCUGUAUGCUAACAUCACUGACCCGCGGUGGAACUACCGAGCUACGGUGCUGCCCCCCAACAACCCUGCGCUGUUCUUCGCCAACCGCUCGCAGUACCACCGCCUCGGACCCUACGGAACUCGCACACAGUAUGUAAAAGAUACCUGUCGCCUUUGUGGCUUCUCUUGGGUUGUCGCUGCCACGGAUUGACGUGACUGUGAGACAGCAUAAAUUCAGAACAAACAAAUGUUGAGCGGGUAUGACUGGGACACAUUAGGGCGCAUAUCAACUUCUCUAACGUCACUGGGUGAUCGUUUCACCAUCAUUUAGUUUGUUAGCCAAUGACUCUAGUUCAGCGAUAUUAUUUUUAAAUGAAUUUAUGACGACCUGCCAUUUUGAAAUCUAGAUGGCAGGGAAUUUUUACAAAACAAUUUUAUUAUGAAUUUGCUCACGAUAUGGUUUGCUGUUUUAGACAUAUUUUUUACUAAUUUAUCUUAAGAUGAUUGGUAUUUAUGUGAUAAUGAACUGUAAUAAUUUGAUGAGCAAAUGCUUAUUUAUAGUUCCUUUUGAACUGAAGUCAAAGGCUUGGUGACAUUUUCCUAUAUUUUGAUUGAAAUGCUUCCCUGUUGUGGCCUAUGUCCUGCAGAUGACUGUGGAAUAUUGUAUUUGUUAUCGUCUCGCGCAUUCGUAGAGUUACAUUUUUUAAACGUGACUUAAUACUGUGAUCUUAAUUUAAACAUGGCAAUUUUUGACAAAUUCUGUGAAUGUUAGGCGCGACGAUACGUGACUUCGUUUUUUGUUUUUAACUUAUUUAAUUGUGUGAUAAUGUUAGGCUUAAUUAAUACUUGCAAUGCCAUACAUUUUGCAGACUAAUUCCAAAUCAGCAUUUCUAGGUCCUACUAUUCUAAAAAUUGUUUGCAAAGACGAAAUUGGUAUGAUCAAAAUUUGUGACACUCCUACAUUUCAUAGCUAUAGCAAAGGCAGAUAAAAUUAAAAAUAUUUAUUGUGCCACACUUAGUUCCUCUUAGACGUGUUGAUAAUUUGUUAUCCAAAGAAUAUAAUUGUUUAAUGUGCAUAUUAUAUUAACUAUAAAUUGUUUAAUUACGCAAUUUAUAAUGAUUAGUAUAAAAAUUAAUGGUUGAAAAUGUACAACCAGUAAGGUUUUGUGUCCAGUUAUUCUUAAAGCAAUAUUUAAAUUAUGGACAUUUACUUUUAUCAUAAUGUGUUAUUGAGUCCCACCAUUACAUGUAAUAGUUAUUGUUUAAAUAUUGUUUUUUAUUCUCUUUAGUCUCUAGAAGUAAUGAUUUAGAUAUAUUCCACAGUCAUUUAUCAAUAGGAUCGUCAUUGUUUAAACCAAAAGGCUGCUUCUCGGAUGUAAUUUAAAUUAACGAUUUUGACGAGAUAGGCACGAAUUUAAAAGCCAAGCUGUAGGUUAAUUUUAAGGUAUAAUUAUGAUUGUUGGAUGUACCGUCCGAUCAUUACAUAAUAAUAGUGAUGACAUAUUAAACUAGCGGAUAACGAUCUUGACACAGCCCUAAAUCAACUUCGUAGCGACUUGAUGAGAAAGCUUGAACAACUCAUAAUUACGACGAGCCCAUGCAGAACAUAGUCAAAGUGGGUUAUCAGUGCAUAUCAUCACAAAUUAAUGCAGUGAUUAGAUAUUCUAAGGUAUUAGUAGUUGUUACAGACAGUUUUAAAUCGUUUGAGUCAUUGAUACGCCCAGAUGCUGGGCUUCUAGUGAAAUUAUAUUAAGUGUCGUUAACAGACUGGCAAUAUCUCUAUGUAUGUGCAUAUAUAAAAUGUAAUAUUUGUGGUCUCUUAAUUUAGUCAAGAUAUUUAAUAGUGUGAGUCUCUUUCAAUUAUGUGUAAGUAAUGUAUAACAUACUAACUAACUAUAAUGAAUAAUAAUUAUUGAUACUGUCCUUUUGUGCGACUUUAGUUCUGCUAUGUUGUGAUCAGCUUUAAAUUGGAACUGGAGUAUUUGUACACAAUAAUGUUGACAUAUUCCCCACAAAGUUAUUUUUAUAAAAAAUGUUGAUAUGAGACAAUACAGUAUGUAGUUUUCAAAAUUUCAUUUACAUAUUAAUUGAUAUGGAGUUUGCUUAGAGGUUUGGCAAAUAUUUUGGAAGGGACCAACAUCCAUGGCAAUCCAUGCAGUGUUUAUUUUGUUUAAGUUUUAUUUAUUUAUAAUAUCAAAAUUUACAUCGAAAGCAGUUAUCUUAUCCAAAUUUUACGACAUUAUUUAUUUAUCAGCUGCUUUAUCCUGAGUCAUCACUACACGCUUACAUAUAGGUAUCUCUUUUUGUCUAUAUAAUAAUCAAUUUACUGGGCUAUGAACAUAAAUCGUAUGAAGUAGUUGUAAUAAUAACAUAAUAUACAAAUCUAUUUAUGUAUUUAUUUAUGAUUCAGUGGGUCAUGACUGAACAUAUAGCAUGGAUCUCAGAAUGCAGCUGAAAGUAAUACAAAUGCCCUCUUGGAAGGCACAUCCGAAGAGCUUUGCGAAUAAUAAUUUAAUUGAUUUGGAUGCGCCUUCCGUUGCCUAGUGUGCUAUAUCCUCAGUCACACAUACUCACAAAAUGGUUGUUAUUGGUUAUUUUAAAAUCAAAUGUUGCAUUCAUUAUUUUUAGUUUUUAAUACAAGCUUCAAUCGAAUGUAGUUCAAAGGAAAGUAUUGGGAGCGAUACGCACAGGUUAGUUAGUGUUGUGAGUGCCUGCGCAGGCGCAGCGCGACGGCCCGUCGCCGCCCGCCGCCCGCCGCCCGCAACUGAGGCCGAGGUGCGAUGCAAUAUUUGCAUUCCAGUUUCGUGUAUAAGUUAGCCGCCAAGGGUAGUAGUUGUUAAUGUUUAUUUAAUCCACAUUGCCAAAUAUUUUGGUUGUUGUGCUAUUAUUUAUUUAACAAAAAUCAUCUAAAAUAUCAAUUUAGUACCUUCCAUUACUGUGUCUUCAAGUGAUUUUACAAUGUUUUAAUCAUUUCAAUUUUAUGCAUUUUUUUUUAUUUAGUCAAAUCAUUUUACAUGAUAUUAUCGAUGUGUUGUAUUAUAUCUAUUGUUCAUUCACAUACGAGUAAAUAUUUUUUUCUCAUGAACUGUAGUCAAAUGACAGUAUUUUUAUAAUGAAAAUUGUAUGAAGGGUUUUUGGAUAGGCGACGGGCGCGCGCCCAUCGCCAACGCGCCCGCCAGCAUUACGUAUAUCUGAUAAGCAUUAUGUAGGUUUAGCGAAAUAGAUUAACUCGGAGAUGAACUCCAAGUACCAAAACUUAUUGGUUCAAUGUUGUUCUCGUAUUAUCGUGAUAUAGUGCGUCGCACGCGGCGCAGAGCUCAAUAUUUUUAGUAACCCUUAAGAAAAUUAAUACCUCUUUUGAAAAGAAUAUAAUAUAUAUGAUAUAGUAUAUCCAAUCGAUAAUCACAUAUUAUGUAUUUCCCUGUUUAUUUUGAUGUGAUAUCAUAAAUGACUGAUCUGAAUUUAGUUUUUAAGUUGGUUAUUGAUAUGCAGUGCUAUUUCGAGAGUGUAAUUAAGGUUUAAUAUUGAAAGUGCCAAUGCUCGUAAUUUAAUCUAUGACUGUUCCUUUAUCGUAGCUGAAUGUAUUACCCGGCGCAGCCGGACCACACUUGUCAACUUCAAUAUAAGCAAUCUUCCUUUUAACUUUAAGUUUUCAAUUGUUACGUUUAACGAAAACACGUAGUGCACAAUCUCAGUAAUGCUUGCAAUAUUAUGUAUUUAAUUCCUCACUUAUAAUUUAAUCCAGCGUAAUGUUAAGAGUACAAUAUGAGAU